AUGGCCAUGACGGCGAUGAUACCGCCCAAUGUGAUGCCGCCGAACGACCUGUCCUCCUUGCUACAGCCCUGGGCCGUUCAAGUUCUGAAGCUCUGCUUGAAGAAUGAUUCGGAGGAGUCUGCCCGAGGCUUCUUGCACUUCUUGGUGAACUACAAGUUACCGGAUGGGCAUCACAUCCAGCAGUUCAUCAAUCAUCCGCACCAUGGGAUGCUGGACAUUUUCUUACGAGAGAUGCUCUUGGGUCUCGCUCAUUGGAUCAGUGCUGCCAUACAGCAGUUGGACAUGCAUGUGCCGUUGCAAUCGUCUGUGCAGCAAACUUCCAAGCUGGAGAUGUAUCUCAGAGAGGUUGAGGAGAAGUCCUUUGAACAUGCGUGCAAAGAGUUCAGUGAUUUCCUCUACCACGUAAUUUUGCAGCUCUUAGGGCCUGAGCUCACCUGCGUGGCCAGUAGUUUAUCAGGCACGCUGGCCGAUGGCUUCACCAGCGACCGUAGUGUGGCAGCCUUAGCAGCUUGGCCGAGCUUGCUUUUGGCGCAGCUCGUGAACCUCUUAGAAGACAUGCGGGCAAAAGUUUUACGCAUUGCAUUGGAACUGGCUCCCUAUGAACGCUACGAGCCGCAGAAUGCCGUUUCCAUGAAGAGCAGCCUCGUGGUGCAGUUCUGUAGAUACUUCACUCUGCAGCAUUCGCGCGAGGAGUAUCGUCUCAAAGAGCAUGAGAUCAUGGACGACGACUUUCACGAGUCCAACUUCGGCAUUGUCUUAAUUGAUACCUAUGGAAGCUUGUUGAAGAUGCUUCAGCACGUGGAGCACUUGUACUUCAGCAGCGAGCAGCUCAUCGUGGCCGUGGACUUCGAAGGUGUCGAGCUGAAUCGGAAUGGCGCUUUGUGCCUGGUACAGAUGACUUGCCACGACAACCCCUCCUUGGUCUAUGUCUUGGACAUCCACGUUUUGAAGUGUUCGUUCAAUCCCUUCAAGUUGUCAACGCCCAAUGGCAUCUCGAUGCAAUUCAUCCUCGAAGAGUGUGACAAGAUCUUGAAACUUUGGUUCGACCCCAGAAAUGAUGUGGACGCCUUGUUUCACCAGUUUGGCGUCCAGUCCAACAACAUCUACGACUUGCAACUGGCCGACGUGGCGAUCCGGCGAUCCAUCAACGGAGAAGUGGCUGAGCGAGUCCUCAGUUUGCAAACCUGCUUGCUCAAGUGCGAAGGCCUAGACGAGACACAGAAGGGCUUUGCCGAGACCAUCAAGCAGUGGGGGAAGAGACUCUUCGAGCCGAAGGAAGGUGGAUCGUAUAAGGUCUUCCAAGAUCGCCCCUUGAGAGAUGAGAUUCUCAUCUACGCCGCACACGAUUCCAGGUACAUGCGGGUGCUCUAUGAGUGCUAUCGGGAGAAGCUGGCAUACCAGGAUCAAUGGAAGCGCUGGGUACAAUAUCACAGCCAUGAGCGGGGACUUUGGUACCGCUUCGACGGGAAUUUCACCCCGCUUCGCAGCACUCAUCAGAGCUGCCGCUCGACCUUGCCCCUGAAGAAGCAGGAUUUCGAGUCCUGCCACAAGAUUCGGGCCAGUCUGAUCGCACAGGAGCAAGUGCUCUUGGAUUCCUUUCGGACGGUGAACGUCUUCCAAAGCCCUGAUGAGUGCUUGGUCUCGGGCGAUGACGUCCUGGCUUACCUGAAGGCCAUGCGAGAUCACUUCGGCAGCAAGAAGAUCGCAUGGUGGGAUGACUACUACAAGCUCGAGAACAUCACGCACAACAUCACCAAGUGGAACUGCACCGACAUGGAGGUGGAGUACUACCAGCAGAUGACGCUGUGCGAGCAGAAGCAGGAAAAGUUGGAGCAGAUCGCCUGUGAGGUUCACGAAAGGACCAACGAGUCUUGCACCACGAUGCCGGCAUGUUUCGAGGGGAAGUGGGCCACGUACCUCACCGAAGUGGAGUCGGCCAACACCACCGUGCAGGACUUGAAGUAUGAAUACCGAGCCAUCAAGCGUAUCUUGUGCCUCGUGGACGCUUUUACAGCUGACGACCUGGAAGCCAAGAUCGAAGAGUGCAUGAACCUUAGAUACAGCGCCACUGCGGUGAAGAGUCCCUGCGCCUCGGUGGGCGGUGUGGCGGUCAUGAAUGAACUGAAGAAGCUGGCCGAUCGACCAGAUCGGCAAAGACACUCAAUUCUCGCACAGACCAUGACAGUGAACACCGAGAUCUCCCAUGCCUUGUCGACCAUCCAAGAUGUUCUCGGCAACCUCAGACGUUUGCAGACCACGGAUUUGAGUGGCUGCCCCGACGUGGGCAAGGUGGACCUUGAGGAUGCGCACAACAUUGCGCAGAUCAUCCAGGGCGCGGCCUUCAUCUUCUUGGCGAUGUGGUUGAUUUUCGCCAACAACUCCAAAGUAGCAGUGGCCCAAAAGGCACCCUUGGAGCAGCGUCAUGCGGUUUGCGCCACGAUCAGUACGGCGGUGGCACUCUUCUCGGGUUUCUUCAACAUCCUGCAGCUCACGGCCAUCGAUGACUUCGAUCUUCCGGGCCGAGAGAACAACUUCAGCUUGAACUUGUCGAGACCAAUCGAGUGGAUCGCCACAUGCCCCAUCAUGCAGCUGAAGUUGGUGGUGCUGGCCGGUGCACGUGUUCCCAGCUAUCGUCGCUUCAUGAUGCCUCUCUUGAGUGUGGCCGUGCUGCUUUGUGGUACUGCUUCGAUGUUCACUGGCGAUGCCUUACGCUACGGCUGGUAUGGAUUCGGUCUGCUCUUGGCCGGCAUCAUGUUCUACCACAAUGCCUUGCAGAUCCGAGAGAACUCCGAGGGCGAAGAGAACGCCUUCAUGGGCGAUUCAGACUUCCGAAAGCUCUCCUUGUUGCUGAUCCUCACUUGGUUCCCGUUUCCGAUUUGGUUCAGCUUGAGUAUUGAGGGCUUUGGAGUGAUUACCGACUAUUUGGUCAUCGAGAUGGGAUGGGUGGCCUUGAACAUUAUUUCGAAAUUCACCUUCAUCAUCCUCAUGCAGCGUAUGAAGAUGCUCCACCAGCGGAAGCUGGAAGCUGCGCGGGAACUCUAUGGCCUGUCCCCAACCGAUGAGAUUGGGGAGGAUGAGCUGAAGCAGAAAAACAAUGGCCAUGUCAAGUCUGCUGCAGGCGGUGUGGCGGCAUCCGCGUACGGCUUGGGCUUUGGUGAGGAGGCUGAGAGUGAAGAGAAGAUGGUGGAAGUUGUGGCCGAGACCAUGGUGACCUUGGGCAUGAGUGCGCACACGGACCGGCUGGUCAGAUUGAUGGUGGAGAACGGCGUGACGAACACCGCCGUGCUGGAACGGCUCAACGGCGAACGCUGCAUGGAGCUGAACUUGCCCUAUGUGUUGAUCGAGGCAUGCCAGAAGCGUUGGACCUCGGAAAAGAUGAACUUGGGACAGGACCAGGGUGGCUUGAUUGAGAAAGAAGAUCCCUUUAUGAAGCUGUUGGAAGCCAACAAAGACCGCAUGACCAACGUUUCUGGGAAGACCACCAACAACUUGAUGGCGGCUCUGCCGGGAAUUCCGGCCACUGAACAGCCCAGCCGCAUGAUGCCAGGCAUGAUGAUGACCGAGGACAUGGAACAUGUCUUCACGUCAAUGAUGCACCAGGUCUUGCUGCCGUUCCAGGAGCAGGUGAUGACGAAGCUCCAUGCCAUGGAAGAGAACAUGCAGCGUCAGAUGGAAACAUCUCAAGAGGCCAUCGCACAGAGGAUGGAUUUCUCACAAGUAGCGAUCUUGCAGACGGUCAACGCCUGCCAGGUCUUGUUGCACAAGCUGGACAGUUCUCAGGAUAGUGUGGUGCAGAAGGUGGACACCCAAAAGAUCGCUGUGGAUAACCUGUUGAACAGCAUCACUGGGGCCACGGACAACACCAAGCAGGCGCUCAUGGAGACGGUGAACUCCUCCAGCAGUGUCCUCCUACAGAAGUUGGAUGUGACGCAGCAGGAUUUGUUGAAGCAAUCCAAAGACUCCCAUGAGCUGCUGGAAGGAGUGGCUACGAAGCAAACCGCCUUGGUCAAGCAGGUGGACUCCGGCCAUGAGUUCACACGGAAGCGUUUAGUGGAGAUGGAAGGCACCUUGGAGCGAAGGAUCACCGACAGCUCCGAUGAGCUCCGCAAGGACCAACAGGAGAAGUCGGAGAAGCUCACCACGAACGUGCAGGGCGCCCUGAAGUCCUUGGCCGAGCAAUGCAAUGCCAUGGCAGAGACCACCGAGCGGGCCACCGCCACGCAGGAGGAACGCAUGGUGGAUGUGCGCCGACAGACGAUGCUGAUCAUGGACCUGGUCUCCAACACCCAGGACUCCAUCCAACAGAGUGCCAACAGCCUCGAGAGCUUCACACGUUCGGAAUACAUGCAGCACUCCUCCGCCAACUUGGAGAUGAAUCUCCGCGAGGUCAUCGUCAAGCAGCUGUCCGAGGUCAAGGAAAGCCUUUUGGGCGUGAACGGUGGCACUGACACCAACUUGAAGUCGGCAAUCGCGGCCAUGGUGGAGCGCUUAGACGAAGGGGUCCAUCGCUUAGAACUGGCCUCCUCACAGGGCCAAGGCGCCACGUCUGACGCUGAGCUUUUGCGGCAAGAGCUGCUGGGAGUGGCCGAGGUGCUCUCGCAGCAGCAGCAAGACGUGAGCAGCCAGAACUUGCAACAGGUGGGUGAACUCCUCCGCACUGAGCUCUCAUCCUUUAAGGAGACGCAGGAGGCCCAGUCCACGGAGAUCUCCACGAAGCUCAGCGAGAAGGUCUCCGAGUUCUCCGACCAGGUGAACCAGAACCUUGCCCGCGUCGAGGCCAACCUUGACAAGAUUCUGGACUCUAAGGGAGAGUCUCGCACGGACGGCACACGCCGACGUGCCGAGCGAGUCACUGCGAUUUUGCAUCCCGACCACAAGAACUUCAACGAGACGGAGUACGCGGCCAAAGGCAUCGCUGCGUCUCGUUGUUUGGCCUCGUGCUGCACAGUGGAUUGGUACAGUUGGACCCUCCACGGCAAUGUCUUCGUACCAAACGAGCACAUCAUGAUUGAUCAGGACUUGCCCACCGGCGCCAACCAAGCGGCCUACGGCAGCUUGGCCUCAGCCAAGGCCGCCUGCGAAGCCUUGGGCGCAGUGCAGUGCUUCGGUAUUUAUGAUGCCAACUGCGAUGGUGCCAGCCAGGAGAGCCCCGUGGUCUUGGUCUCCGCGCCGGGGUUGGAUCUCAACCAGGUGGAGGAGUCCUCCGUAGGUAGCUGCAUCUACCACAUGGAGCUCGGAUCGGGAACGACCACCACCACGACCAUCGCUGAGCAGUGCACAUGGCAGAUCAACGUGAGCCGGAGCGACCAGGGCAUCGACAAGCUUUGGGUCACCUACGACAUCGAGCACCAACGCUUCGACGAAGCCUUCCGCUUCUCAGGUUGUGAUGCUGUGGAGUUGCCAGAGGGAAAGCAUUGUGUGGCCGAGGGAAAGCCCAACGGGAUCCGCAUUUUGAAGAACAGGUGGGGACAUGGCCUAGCAACCGGUUCCUGCUGCGACAGCACCACCAACAAGGUCAUCUCAGCGAAGCGUCUCCAAUGUGAUGGCUAUCUGGACGAGUACAAGAAGUACGAGCGGAAGUACCUCACCUCGACGUCGCUCAGCAAUCGAGAUGAUGCAACUCGUGUUGUUUACAUGGCCUCUGGUGAUGACCCUUCGGUCGAGCCAGCUGCCGAGGCAGAGGUUCACGACGACCCCAUGGUCGAUCCCACUGCCGAACAGGAUGUAACAGACCCGGUUGCUGAGCAGGACAUGGCCAUUGGUGGCGAGGAAGGAGGUGCAGAGGAAGGAGUUGCCACUCGAGGUGAUGAAGGCGGAACCGGCUACCUGCUGGAAUGCUUUCGAUUUAAACGAUUUAAAGUUUUAAAGGUUGCAAUUGCCUUUGCAGGCUAG